AUGAUCUUUCUCUCGCUUCUUCUAUGGGCAUUUACAGUCUCGGCCCAGUAUGUUAAGAUCACCCCGCCAACAAAAGACGACUUCUACACCACCCCUGAAAACAUCACCUCCUACGAAAAUGGCGACAUCAUAGCGUCUAGACCGGCUCCAGCUAUGAUCAGAUCCGUUUACUUCCCUGUCAACGUGAAAAAUGCGUGGCAGCUCAAGUUGCGUUCUGAGGACUCUCAUGGUAAUCCUCAAGCCAUUGUGACCACGAUUUUGGAGCCAUAUGAUGCCGACCCAAAGAAACUCUUGUCGUACCAGCCUGCUCAGGAUUCUUCUUCGAACGAUUGCAGCCCUUCGUACUCUAUUCUUUUCAAUGCUCCAAUGAACACCGUUAUUCUCCAGGCAGAAAUGCUUCUUAUGCAAAGCGCUCUUGCCAAGGGAUGGUUUUUGAACGUGCCUGACUAUGAGGGCUUUCAAGGUGCUUUCACUGCCGGCAGGCAAUCUGGGCAAGCGACGCUCGAUUCUAUUAGGGCAGCGUUGCAAUCAGAAGAUAUCUCAGGCGUAAGCCCCGAGGCAAAAGUCACAAUGUGGGGAUAUUCAGGUGGAACCAUCGCCUCCGGAUGGGCUGCUGCCUUGCAGCCUCAGUACGCUCCAGAACUCAAGGAGCAAUUGCUUGGAGCUGCUUUGGGCCUUAUUCCCAACGCCGUCAACGGUUUGCUUUAUGAAUAUCCCCACCUUGGUGAUCUUGUGGAGACUCAACUUCGAGAAACCAAGAGGGAGGAUUUUCUUUCUGCCGGUAAAAAGUGUCUCGCUACGUCGCUAUUGGAGUACGCAACGGUGAAAUUCUUCAGUGGCAAGGAUCCCUGGGCCACCGAAGGCUGGGGGUUCUUUGACCUCCCAGAAAUCCAGGAGAUUAUCAAGAACAACACUGCUGCUCUUGAAGAAGAUGGCCCUAUUCCUGAGAUUCCUCUUUUUGUCUUCCACGGCACAGAAGACGAGAUCGUGCCCUUUUCAGGUGCCCAGCGUGGCUACGAGAACUACUGUGACUGGGGCAUCAAAAGCUUGGAGUUUGCAGUUUCCAAUACCACCGGCCACAUUCUCGAAGUCGUUGAAGGUAGUGGUGCUGCUUUGGUCUGGCUCGAGAAGAUGUUCAACGGUGAAAAGCCCGUUGAAGGUUGCAAAAGAACCGUACGCAGCAGCAACAUUCUCUACCCAGGAGCAGAUAUUGAGUAUCGCCAGCUUGUGGCAACUCUUCGCAGUUCUUUUGCGGGAGGUGAGAUUGGUGAAACCACCAGGAAUAUUACAGAGUCCACUUUCCUCAGCCAGAUGAUGACCAAAAUGUUCAGCGGGCUUAUCAACAAAAUCGGGCCCCUUCCUGUCAAGAGAGACGGGUCAAUUGACAGAAGCGUGUUCACUGGAAUGAAUGACGUGGUUGACUUGUGGCAGCGGGAAAACACGGGACCCGAUAUGUUGAAGGGUUUCAUUUAG